AUGGCGUUUAUUCUACAGUCAGAAUCGAUUGACGGCUCCCCGCCAUCCAACGGAUUACACAUGAAUGGACAAGAUUCGCUGGUUCAGCCAUUGCUGACCGAUUUUUAUCAAAUUACCAUGUGCUAUGCUUAUUGGAAAGCCGGAACCUACAACGAGAAAGCUGUGUUCGACGUAUUUUUCCGCAAAAAUCCAUUUCAUGGUGAAUAUACAGUUUUUGCGGGUCUUGAAGAUUGUUUGCGCUUCGUUGAGAACUUCAAAUUUAGUCACAGCGAUAUUGAAUAUAUUCGUAAAAUUCUUCCCGAUACUGCUGAACCAGAAUUCUUCGAUUAUCUGAGAGGGCUUGAUGGAACGCAGUUGCGAAUCGAAGCGAUCCAAGAAGGAUCUGUUGUGUUCCCAAAGGUUCCUCUAAUCACCAUCGAGGGACCAUUAGCGAUAUGCCAAUUACUCGAGACUUCAAUUUUGAAUCUUGUCAAUUUCUCAAGCUUAGUUGCAACUAAUGCAUCGCGAUUUCGAUUAGCGGCCGGAAAAAACCUUCAACUUUUGGAGUUUGGUCUGCGAAGAGCACAGGGUCCAAACGGAGGUCUUACGGCGAGCAAAUAUUGUUAUAUUGGAGGCUUCGACGGAACAAGCAAUGUGCUUGCCGGAAAGUUAUACGGAAUUCCUGUGAAAGGAACUCAGGCGCAUAGUUUCAUUUGUUCGUUUUCGUCGCCUGAUGACUUGAAACUUCGCAAAGUGAAGCGAAACAAUUCCGAUGAACUCGUCGAUUUGUGGGAAUUAAGUCGUACCAAGAGAGAUUGGAUUAUGCACCAAUUUUCGUGGGGAGUUGUGCAAUCAGAAGUGUCUGAAGGAGAGCUAGCGGCUUUCGUCGCCUAUGCGAUUGCUUUCCCUGCUGCAUUUUUGGCUCUUAUUGAUACUUAUGAUGUAUUGAGAAGCGGAGUUGUCAAUUUUGUCGCCGUUACACUUGCUCUGCAUGAAAUUGGCUACAAAUCGCUCGGUUGCAGAAUUGACAGCGGAGAUUUGUCAUAUCUUUCUAAGGAACUCCGCGCAAGUUUUAUCAAAGUCGCCGCUGUUCGGCCAGAUUUGAGCUUUUUCGAAAAAAUGCCUGUCGUAGCUUCGAAUGACAUUAAUGAAGAGACAAUUAUGUCGCUUAAUGAGCAAGAGCAUGAAAUCAACGCGUUUGGUGUUGGUACUCACCUGGUGACAUGCCAGAAGCAGCCCGCACUCGGGUGUGUUUACAAACUAGUUGCACAGUCCUCAGUGCCGAAAAUCAAGUUGAGUCAAGAAGUGUCUAAGAUUACGCUACCUGGCAAGAAGAAGUGCUUCCGAAUCUACGGAAAAGCCGGCUAUGCGAUUCUCGAUCUGCUUAUGCUUGAAGAUGAGCCGGACCCGAAAGCCAACGAGCAAAUUUUGUGCAGACACCCGUUCCAGGUAAGAUUAUUGCAUAAAAAAUGGAUGGGUACACAAAAAAAAGUGUCUCGGCGCGUGUUUUGUCGUUGA